AUGGACUGCAGGCAAGAUGAGCAACGCUUUUUGCAGCUGGGCGGAGAGGUGCAGCCGGGAAGGGCCCGUUGGCAGCGACGCAGCAAAGUUUCGAAGCCAUUGGGGAGUGCGACCUUGAAGACCAACAUCCUUGGAAUCCAAAAGGCUGUUGGUCGUGCUCUUGGACCUGACGGAAACUCGGAGAUGCUGUCCCUGGCUGGGAAAGACAAAGUGCCCAAAGGCGCCGCAAAUCUUCACAUCUAUGGCUUUGUGGGAGCCAUUUGCGUUGGCAUCGUCGGACUCCAGUUUUUCGCAGCGAAGCUGCCAAAGAUGUCAUGUCUGGAGCAACUGAAUCUGCAGCGGAAGGCUCAGCACAUUUUCACAGGCCUUGCUCUGGCGCAAAUCUUCCUUCUGUUCUCUGAGCAGACCUGCAUCUUAGCCUUGGGCGCGGGGACCUUGUCGCUGUUUCUGCUACAGAUGGGGCGCUGGGCAAAUGACGCGGUGAACGUGGAGUUUCUCAGGGUCUUUGGACAAAUGAUGAAGGAGGAAGAGAGGACUAGCCGCCGACCGCCGGCUGCCUUCUAUUUCCUGAUGGGUUUGUUCUUUUGUUUGGUCAGCUUCCCCCGACGCCUCACCUUGCUCUGCACUCUCAUCGCUACUCUGGCGGACCCCAUGGCCGCGGUGGGUGGCCUGCUCUUUGGCGGCCCUCAGCUGCUCUCUGGGCCGAACCGCGGCACCAAGACGCUGGCAGGAUCGACCACCUGCGGCCUCGUUGCAUGCCUUCUGGCGGUGGCUGUUGUGCGGACGACGAGCGAGGAACUGCUCACAAGGGCCGACACGCUGGUGCUGGGACUAUUGAGUGGCCUCUCUGCUGCCAGCUGUGAAGUGGCAGGAGGCCUGUUUGUGUACCUGGACGACAAUAUGCUGAUUAGCUUUGGAACUGGGUUGCUACUGCUCCUGGUGUCAUUUCUAGCGCGCUCCAUGGGCUUCUUGGUGCGUGAAGGGCGCCAAAACAGGCUGCGAAUUAGCGGCCCUGCAGCUGCUGAUGACGUGCACACCUACGCAGAAGACGAGAACCUCCACUUGCAGCUGCUACGACCCAAAGAAACGACUCCUGAGUCAAAACCAGGCUGCGUGGUGCUGCUGCAUGGUGGGUCCUGGAUCUCAGGGUCGCCCUCGCAGUUCUACGACCAUGCGCAGGCAGUCUCCAAGGAACUUGGGGUGGCAGUGGCCACAUGCCAGUAUCGAUUGAUGCUAACUCAUCCUCGCGCCGACGUUCCGUUCGAUGCUGUUGAGGAUGCUGAGAGGUGUGUCAGCUAUCUCUCCGACAAGGCAGACGAGCUUGGCUUGGAUCGCAACCGGUUCGUCCUGGGGGGUCUCAGUGCCGGAGGCCACCUGGCAGCGAUGGCGGCCUUGGAGCGCGGCCGAGAGUUGGGCCUGGCAGGCUUGGUGCUUUUGAACCCUGUGCUUGACCUGGACUUUCAUGCCGGCUGGCGCAGGCAGACACCUGCGAUUUGGUUGGGUUCCCAUCUACUGCGAGCCUUCUAUAGUGAGGAAGCACUCCACCAAAAGUCGCCGCUGCAUCAGGUGAGGAGUUUGCCGUUUCCGACCCUCAUCCUGCAUGGAGAGGAGGAUAAAUUGAUUCCCUUGGCACAGUCCAAGGCAUUUAUGGAGGAGAUGCAAAGGUCCAACAAUGAUUGCAAGGUGGUUCCCUUCCCGCAGGUGGACCACGACUUUCUGCUGGCUCCUCCGGAGUUGGCGCAACGACACCUCUGCACUCUUGGCAACUUUCUCCGCACUGCUGGAGUCGUACACUGA